UAUGAGUCGUUUUUUUUUUUUGUCGCAAGAACCGUGGAGGCAAGCUCCCCGGUCAACGAAACUCGCUUGAUUUUCUUCAACAUUCGGCACCCGUUUUCAUGUCUAAGCUGCCGGACGCAAAGUGACACCUCCACUCUUGGGCCAUGGAUGUACACUGUUUUGGCGUAGAACCAAUCACCUGCCACGCAUGGAACAAGGAUCAUACAGAGGUGGCACUGUGUCCCAACAAUGCGGAUGUGCAACUCUACAAGCGAGAGGCGGGUGGAGGAUGGUCACGGGGGCAGACGCUCAGCCGGCACGACCUGCGAGUGACCAGCAUCGACUGGGCGCCACACAGUAACCGCAUUGUGACGUGUGCUGCAGAUCGCAAUGCGUACGUCUGGACCCUGGGCUCAGAGGAGCCUGGCACCAAUGCCACGGUGUGGACCCCCACCUUGGUGCUGCUGCGAAUCAACCGUGCUGCCACCUGUGUUCGGUGGUCGCCCCUUGAGAACAAGUUUGCAGUGGGGUCAGGUGCCAAGCUGGUGUCAGUGUGCUACUUUGAGGAGGACCACAACUGGUGGGUGAGCAAGCACAUCAAGAAGCCCAUCAAGUCAACUGUCACCUCGGUCGACUGGCACCCCAACAACUGCCUGCUUGCCUGUGGCUCCACCGACUUCCGCACCAGGGUGUUCUCUGCGUAUAUCAAGGAGGUGGACAGUACUCCUCAGGCGACACCCUGGAACGACAAGACCACCUCGUUUGGCAGUCUAGUGGCUGAACUUUCUGCCAGUGGCAUUGGCUGGGUUCACUCAGUGUGCUUCUCGGGCGAUGGCACUCGGCUGGCCUGGGUUGGCCACGACUCCAGCGUGUGCGUCGCGGACGCCCAGCGGGGGCAGGCCAUCACUUGCGUGCGCACCCAAUACCUGCCAUUCCUCUCCUGUCUCUGGGUCUCCCCCACGAGGCUGCUGCUGGCCGGUUACGACUGCUACCCCAUGGUGUACGAGUACAGCAAUGGCCAGCUAAGCUUUGUUGACAAACUGGACAAAUCACAGCGCAAGGAGGUGGAUGGCGUCAGUGCCAUGCGCAAGUUCCUCAACAUGGACAAGCAUGCGAUGGAGAGCAGAGGUGACACCCUGCUGGAUACGGCGCACCAGAAUGCCAUCACCCUGGUGACUUUGGUGCAGGGUGAGCGGGACAAUGCGACACGUGUCUGCACCCAGGGCAUGGAUGGCAGACUCAUCCUGUGGGACAUUAAGACUCUGCAGUCCUCCAUGGAAAGCAUGCGCAUUGUCUGACCUCCGGCCAUCGCAGUAGCUGACCAAGAAUGUGGCCGGAAUGGGCCACUCUACCGGUCUAAUGUUGGCAAAGGACAGGAAGUGUGCGUGUGACCCUGCCGGAAAGGCAGAGGACAGACAGCAACACCCUUGUGGUCCACGACAGUGAGGCAGUGUCUUCCAUGCGGACGACGAGCCAAACCAGACAGCUUCCAUGCAGACACACUGCUGCCCAAGGCACCUGCAUCAAGGGAGGGCUGUGUUGAUUUCGUUUAAGUCGAUAACUUAAUGAGGACAUUGUUUACUGAAUCGAUCAUUUGUUUUGUUGGGGACUGUUGCCUGUGAGAGUGUUUUUUUUUUUUCCAUCCCUUUUUUACUCUUUUUUUCUUUUUCCCCGACUGUGGUAUGUCUUCAAUGCUCUGUAAUCUGUUUUCUUCACCAUCUUCUUGGUAUAUGCAAGAUCAUUUGUGGGAAUUGUGUGAAGGACACACUCCUCCAAUUUUAUGGAAACUCUUUUUGCAGUUUCAGACAUCUGCAUUCAGCCAGUACUGUUCCUCCUCUUUGGUGAUGCUAUUUGUGAUGUUGAAUAAAGAAGUAAGUGCUACAUGCAAAAAAACAAUUGCAUGUUGUUUUAACAAAAGAAAAAGCCUUAAGAUAUGGUCUACAGGCUCACAACUGAGCACCGUUAGUGCUGGCAAAAAUAUUUUGUAGAACUGUUAUAGCCAGGCUAUUCUCUACUUGUGUGUCAUAGAACAUAAGAUCCACGCUUCCAGAAUGGAUUCCUAAGUCUGCAUUCCAGAGUACUCUUAUCCAAAUUUCAUAGCAAAAAGUGUUUUAUUCAUAGCAAAAAUCCUCACAGGCAUCUAAUGCUGGAAACAACGUUUACACUUAUGUGGUUACUGAAACAAGAUUUGCUUCAUUUUCGCUACAGCUUUGAAGAAAAGUUUGCAUUUGAUGCCUUGCUGGGCCCACUUUAAUCCUUUAACCUCCAAAUUUAUUCUAGAGAAAUGAACCAAAUUUCCCAAACUUUCUAAUGUUGUCAUACAUUUUUCUACGUCAUUCUGAAAAUGUAUUGAUUGAUUGGUUUCUGGUCAGAAUUAACUCAAAAAGAAAGGAAAUGCUGCUCUUGAGGGCAUCUUUCCCUCAAAGCCACCCUUAACUUGUCUUUGGCAGUGGGAGCAGCACAGCAUCGCGCUGAAUGAAUGUGAGCCGUCAUUAGCGAUGUUGGUACAACCUCCCGUGACGAGUACAGCUCGGGAUUGGGGAUUAAAGGGUUAAUGAGUUCUAUGGAAGCACUAAAGACAGUGCACUUUACAAAAAAAAAAAAAAAUGUUUCAUGUCUGUCUCAUGCCAUAAUUAGACACUCUUUUAACCUGCAGAAGCAACAUAGCGUUUCUUGAACCUCCAGCUGAGCCAUAUGUUGCAGAGCAAGGCAAGACUGUGUUGUGAAAGGGAUAAGUUCAUCCCGGUGGACGAGCUUGCUGAUGAAUCUGUGACAUCACAGGAAAUUCAUAGGCUUCCUUCCAACAAAAAGCAUUCGUACGUAGAAUGAAGGAGAUGAAGGAUCAGACAAAAUAGACAAAUUGCUGUUAGAAAGUCUGGGAAAUGCCAUUCCUGAACAGCUGCAUCAGGAAUUCCUGUGCCAAGAUUGAUUAGGAAAAGAGCGAUGUACUGGCCGAAAGCCACUGCCUGCCAAUUUUUGUGUGGCUGCCUUUAAAAAGAACUGCACCUCAGUUGUCCGACGCAAUGUAUUGUCUUGCCUUCAAUUCACGUCUGCUACCUGCCAGCACCGCAAAGUAAAAUGGCACCCUGAGCAGAGGUAAUGCCGCAAUAUUAUUUUUUUCCUUUUUCUUAUUUGCCAGUGGUUUAAGUGACACUCCACCUGUGUUAUCACUACAAUGAGCUGGUUGUGAGCAGUGAGUGAUAAGAAAGGAAUAGAACUGCAUAAAAGGAAUCCUUACAUAAUAUUGGCCCCGAUUUAGUGGACUUUCAUUAGGGGUGAAUGUAGAUUGGUUGCCACAACUUGUUGAUAUCACGACAUGAUGCACCAUCGGCUCUAUAAAUUGACAACUGGCACCAUUGUGUGAAUCCACGAUUAUGCAAUAGGUGGAGAGCACAUACCUGUUGUAAAUUGACCAGUGCAAAAUGUAUCUGGGAGUAUGAAACAAAAGAGCUUGCAUUAGAUGAACCAUUGGGAUUCAAUGAAUCACUUCAAAGUUCACGGUAAGCAUGUGGAAUCACUGUUCCAGGCUUUCUUUCAUCCCUUCCUUAUUUAUUAUCAAGCGAGAAGGUUGUGUGAGCAUAUGCCCAGGGCUGUCUCUUGGUCUGGUGUUUGCCUUGCUUAUGGCUUUGGAUGCUGACAUCUCUAGCUUUAUGGUCAAAUGAUAGGCUCGCUUGGUGCUUUGAUGUGCUGUAGCUGCACUAGCGUCUAUUCCGAUUGUGAGAAUAUAAUUCAUUGUAGUUUGAAUAGAACCAACUACCAUCAGGUGCUUGGUGAUGGGACACUUACCUUAAUUGGGCAACUGAUGUUAAUAUUUAUGCUUGUUCUUACUAGUUCUGCUCAGAAGUGCAAAAGCAAAACAGAGUAAUGUAGUAAGCACAGAUUUACUGCAGCAAAGUACACAUUGGUGUCAAUGUAAGACAUCUGUCAUUAGGAUAUGUUACAUAUCCUGUGCUGAUCAUCAUGUAUAUUAGGCUUGGAAAACUAGCAGAAUAGACGUGUACAGAGCAUUACUCAGCACUGGAAGAAAAUGCAGCUCCUACUUGUUCUGCUAGGAAAAAUGAUGCUUUGAAGCAGUCUCUGAGAACCAGACAUCUGAAGAACAUAUACCGAAAUUGAGUGCAGAACAUGCACAGUAAAAAAAGAUUGUCUAUCAUAGAGAGCGAUUUGCAUCGCUCUGAUGUGUUGCUCUUGGCAUGAGAACAAAUGCCAUGGUAACCUCUACAAUCAUCUCCAAAGCAAUGGCAGUAUCUUUACAAUAGAGUGGUCGUUGACACAAAUACAUAGAAGUGGAAUGGCACUCUGCAACUUCCUCACUAGUGCCACGUCACAUUCAGUUUGAGGACUUUUGUCGGAGUUUACUUCCCCCUGGAUGACUCUUUCAUGAAGUGUGCUCAAGUAUGCGUAAGUUGCUAGGGCUAGUCUAGGAAUCGUUAGCUGUCGCAUCAAGACAUAAAAGAGCAGGAUUGCUGCUGGCUGUCAUCCACGGUGCAUUGUUUGCAGCAAAAACUGAUGUGUCCUAUAUGACUGCUGUAGUGCUUUAAGCAAUGUAAUGCAACACUGAUCUCUUGACACAAGUGGAUUCAGCUGAACUUAUUUGAUGGGUUUGUCACAUCUGGAGUCGUGUUCUCGGGUGAUCACUUUCGGCUGUAUCACUUUGCAAGAUUCUACAAGAAUCUGCACUUGAUGUAAGCAGGGCAAAGGCAAACACAAGCAAGGAGCUCUCAUUGGUUUUUGUGGGCGGAGUCUUGCCAAAUCUUGCGAAUGUGGUGCAAUUAUUAAAAAUUGCUGCCAGAGAAUACGUCCGCUGGUGGUGAUUGUGUAGUUUGAUGCAUUCUCAAGGGCUGCAACUUCAUUUUUAUGCACCACAUGAAGUGUGUAUCGUGAUGGAAGCUGUGCUGUAACCGUGCAAUGUGUAGCAGCUGGCAAUUGUCCAGCUAGUAUUAAAUCAAAUUUUCACAUUUUCUUGCCUAUUAUAGACGCUUGAGAUGACUACAGCUCUUCUGGCAUCAGAGGAUUCUCAGCAAUACCCUCGUCUAUUUCAUCAUUUUGUAGUGCUGCAGAUUAUGGCUACACUAUUUCGUACAGUCGACGCUAUUCUUUUGUCAUGACAGUAGUUGUCAUGUCAUUCUUGUGGGCAUUUCCUUCUAUCACUAUGUACCCGACACAAAAAGAAAAAGCAGCGGAAGGCCAGCUGCAACUGUAGAAUCGCUGCUUGGCUAUUCUUUAGCCCCCAUGCCUUGAAACCUGCUGGUUCACUGGUUGAUCCUCAGUGCAACUAUGGGAGAUUGACCAAGAAUCAGAUGGUAAAAGCACCUAAAAUUAUGAUAUACAAGAUGAAACGAAGCAGGAAUAUUUGGAUAUAGCAUUAUCUGAUGCAGAUCUGCAUUGAAUAAAUAGACAUUACUGUAAGGAAAAUGAGAAUAAGAGGAAACUAAGAUUUACGAUUAAAUAAUUGUGUCUUUGCUUAGGGAAUAGAAUAUGGCAUACUUCGCACCAUGCCACUAUUUCAUCCUUGUACUCCGCUUUUGGGUUUACUGUAAUUUUCAGUCUGGAGAUCUUUCCACAUGAACCAUUAAAAACUCAGUAUGUUAUUUACUAUUAGCUUUUUUUUUUUUUUUGAGGACAGAUGUUUGGUCGUAAUGAUAACAUUUUAUAAGGCACUGCCUUGAGUUUUAUUGACAUAUGAAUGCUUACUAGUGGCGAGAGUUCCAUUCGUUGGCAUGGCAUAGUGGUAAAGACAUUUUGACUUGCAUUACUGUGGAUUAAUGACUAUGCUGCCAUGGCACUUCAAUCUUCAUGUUAACUAGGUUGCAUGACAAUCUAUGCUGCAUUUGGUCAACAUCACAUUAAAAAUGUAACUUGCUAAAAAGGAAAUGUCCACAAGAAUAGUGAUCGUCAUGUGACAGCAGUGAACCUCGAAAGAUUUAAAAUGUUUGAAAAAAUUGUUGACGUUUGAGGCAUUUUCCUCGUCACUGUAGACAUUCCGAAUCCAAACUGCUCCGUUUGUAUGCAUGUGGUAAACAACUGAAGCUGCGAGCUGUGAAAGUAUGGCUAAUGUGUCACUAGAACAGUUCUUGUGAAAUAACGCAAAUGAGAAGUACACUGCAGUAGCUUGUCACUGAACACACUGCUGCAGCACAUUACUUUUUUGCAACAGCAACCUUUGGCUUCAAAGUGCUAGCUUGCACAACCUAUAAACUUGUAAAUUCUUGCAUUGCUGUGCUGUUGAAAGCUGACUACCAUGGCGACAUAUGCUGCCAUUUUCAUUUGGCAAAGCUUUACUGUUUGUAACAUAAAUUGUUGAGAGUGUUGCUGAGCCGUGGGAUUUGAAAUUUCGGGCUGUGAGAACAGCUAAAUUGCUUAUUUAUUAUUUCAGGUGUUCUGCAUCUGUGAUUCUUUGUGCACUGUUUAAAACUGCAUCUGAGAUGUUUUGAUGGUCGUGCCUCCAAGCUGGAAGCCCUGGUCUCGAAGUUGUAAGAUAAUUAUUAAUAAACAACACAUGCCUUUCUUCUCUGGGCUCUUCAGGA